AAAAGGGCGGAAACGGCGGAGAAUGCAUCGCGAGAUGCAUGUGGCGAUGAUCGCGGAGGAAGGGGUGGCGAGCGUUAAAGGGCCGGACAUGCGGAGAACGCGAACGAGCGACUGAGGUGAUCUGACCGGUAGGAUAAUCGGCGGGACGAUGAACGCUAUCGCGGAGGGCACGUGCGGGUCCGCGGAGGACGUGAUCGCGGUAGGCAGCCACGUGAUAGUGAAGAAACAGGACUUCAGCAAGAUAUACAGGGUAUCGGAGAACGGUGUUCUGACGCUGGGGAAAGACCAGAGGGUGGAGAUGCGCGAGAUCGUCGGCAAGCGGUUCUGGAGCAUCUUCGAGAUGGUGCCGUUACCCGACAGCAAGGGCACCUUCACCCUCAGGCUGGCGGACCAGGUGGAGUCGUGGGACGGUCUCAAGGGCGAGACGAGCGGCUACGACAAUCGCUCCAUCACGGACGACGGUACGUCCCAGCGGCUGUCCAAGGAGGAGAUCCUGCAGCUGCAGGAGGCUGGCAAGACCGGCAAGGAGAUCAUUGGCAGCCUCAUUGAGAACAGUAGGUCCUUCGUCGCCAAGACGGAGUACUCGCAGGAGAAGUACAUCAAGAAGAAGGAGCGCAAGUACCUCAAGUUCCUCACGAUACACAAGACGUCUAUAUUGUCGCUGCACGAGGUCUACUUCAAGCGGAAGCACGAGAAAAUCGGCGGGCUGCGAAUGGACGCUCUGGCGCAGAUGCUGUCCUACAGCGACGUGCAAUCAGACGGCCUGCACCUGCUGUACAGCAGUGGAUUUCAGGGGCUGCCCGCGGCGGCCAUGCUCAAUAGAAUAGGCGCGAACACCAGCGGUUACCUAAUCAACCUGCAUCCCGGUAACAUGCCCCAAACCACCUUCGUCGAAGCCAUGAAUUUUCCACAGGAAUUGAGGGACAGGCACGUUGCGGUAAACGUUUAUAGUUUCUUAAGGUUACAUUAUCAGGGUGAAUCUAGCGUGAUGAACAGUCUUUCCACGUCUAGAAAGACCGUCAGCGAUGGCGUUGAGCAGACGCGCGAGAAAACAACGGAAGAAUUGGACGGAGGAGCUAAGAGUAACGAAGUGACGGACGCGCAAGUUUUAGUGGCGAAAGCUGAGACGAAGGAAAAUGGUACGCUCCUCGGGAGCGACGCCGGGGAAGGUACCAAUGUUUUAAAACGUAAACGCGAGUCCGAGGAGCCCGACGGAGAGGAGGCGCCCGCGAAGAAGCCGAGGUGGCUGCUGGAGACGAAGCGCGCGGUGGACUUGUUAAGUAGCUCGAAGGCUCGCGGUUUAACUGUCGUCGCGAAGGAGCAUCCCUUGCAAAUCGUGAACGCGCUGCUGCCCUUCCUCGGGGUCUCGCGGCCCUUCGUCAUCUUCCACGCGCAUCGGGAGCCCCUGCAGGAGACUUACGUGGAACUGAAAAAGCGGGGCAACGCAAUGAACGUGAAACUGUUCACAAACUUUCUACGCUCGUAUCAGAUAUUGCCGAACAGGACGCACCCCGACAUUUUAACGAGCGAUACCAGCGGCUACAUUUUAACGGGUUAUCUAGUUAAGUAAUAUACAAAGUGUUUUAAUAAAUUUUGAUAGGGAAAAAAUUGGUUGACGCAGACGCGCGCACUCGAUAGCGCUCGAGCGCCAAAAGCUGACGCAACGUUAGCCGACGAACUUAUAAACGGAUUCCAAUUUUUAUUCAAAUAUAACUAUUACAUUGUGUA